AUGACUGGAGGGUUCACCAUAGCUCCAUCCUUUGCUCUCCAGUUUCACAAGAUGGGUUCGUUCAGAAGGCCCCGACCUCGCUUCAUGAGCUCCCCAGUCCUCAGUGACCUGCCGCGGUUCCAGGCAGCCCGGCAGGCUCUGCAGCUCAGCUCCAACUCUGCCUGGAACAGUGUUCAAACAGCAGUGAUAAAUGUGUUCAAAGGGGGAGGCUUGCAGAACAAUGAACUUUACACCCUCAAUGAAAAUAUCAGGCGGCUGCUGAAGAGUGAACUUGGAUCCUUCAUCACAGAUUACUUUCAG